AAUAAACCCGUGAGCUACAUCACCAAAUUAAAGGUGGUAAACUGGUAAUUUUAAUCUAUCCCGAAAAUUGCGCGCGCGUGUGUUUGGGAAUGAGAGUGGGAUCGGGUGAUUGAUUAUUUGUUUAAGAAAUGGAAUUCUGGCCGGAGUUUCUUGCGAGCAGUUGGGGAAGAGAGUUUGUCGCCGGAGGGUUCGGCGGCACCGCCGGUGUUAUGGCCGGUUAUCCGCUGGAUACCGUCAGAAUACGGCAGCAGAAUUCCACCGGAGGAGGGGCGGCGGCUUAUCAAAUUCUCCGCCGUGUUGUGGCCACCGAGGGACCCUUUGCACUCUAUAGGGGCAUGGCCGCUCCUAUUGCUUCUGUCACUUUCCAGAAUGCAAUAGCUUUCCAAACAUACGCAAUACUAUCACGAGCAUUCGGCACAAACGCCACCUCAUCAAACGAUCCCCCCUCAUACAAAGGAGUCGCCCUAGGCGGAUUCGGCACAGGCGCAAUCCAAACCCUACUUCUCUGCCCCGUCGAGCUAAUCAAAAUCCGCCUCCAACUACAAACCAAACCCAUCACCACCAACCAAUCAUACGGUAGCGGCGGCGGCACCACCACCCACAAGGGUCCACUAGACGUCGCCAGAAGCAUAUUCCGAUCCGAAGGGUUGAGAGGAAUAUACCGCGGGCUAGGCAUCACCGUACUGAGAGACGCACCUGCGCACGCAGUAUACUUUUGGACGUACGAGUACACGAGGGAGAGCCUCCACCCGGGUUGCCGGAAAAACGGGCAAGAAUCUUUCCGGACGAUGCUUCUCGCCGGAGGGCUCGCCGGAGUCGCCAGCUGGAUAUGCUGUUACCCGUUGGAUGUGGUGAAGACAAGGAUACAAGGGCGGUCGGAUUUAUAUACGGGGAUUGUCGAUUGCUUUAGGAGGAGUGUGAGAGAGGAAGGGUAUAAUGUGCUGUGGAGGGGUCUAGGGACUGCUGUCAUGAGGGCUUUUAUUGUCAAUGGAGCUAUUUUUACUGCUUAUGAGACUGCUCUCAGAUGCAUAGUUCCCAACAACAAGGAUGAUUUCUGAGGAAUAUUCGGACUGGAAAUUGUGUUGGAGGAUUAAGGGUUUUUUUUUUUUUUUUUUUUUGAGAGAGAGAAAUUGGCAAGAAGAGGAUAUUCAUUAAAUUGAAGGAAAACAAUAAUAAAUAAGUAUUUUAAUUAUUUUUUUUUACAAAGAUGAACAAACUGCAUUCCAUUAACAAAUAAAUGAAAACAAUGUAUAAUAUAAUUAAUACAACUAUGCUAGAACAUGG